GGGCAGCAAUACCGUCUCGCGGUACUUGCCGCCCUCUGAGUCCUUCUGCUGGUUUCUGGCCCCGCUGGUGGUGAUGGCCCUCUGCAAGAAGCUCUUCGUAGUCCCCAGCCAUCCCAGACCCCACGGAGGUCGGCGCAACCCACCCACGCCUCCGGCUGACGCAGCUGUAACAGCAGUCGCCGCCGAGGCCUGGCCAUGUCUCAGGCCCCAAAGCAUGGCGAGGAGGCGGGGGCGAGAGAGAGGAUACCUGCUCCUGGCAGGGACAGAGGAGCCGCGCUGCCCCGCCCCAGGAUCUCAGAAACAACCCCUGACCCCACUCUACUCAGGCACGACGCACGCGCUAGAGGCGCUUCGGAGCGCAUGCUCAGUCUGUUCCAGUAGCUGCCAAAACAGUCUUGCGCUCCCAUCUGGGUCUUGGGGGGAAAAGCAGAAGGUAGACGUUAAUCACUCUAUGUUAAUCAUGGCUUCCAGUCCAACUGUCUUGAUCCGUUUGGUUGCUUCUGCAUAUUCUAUUGCUCAGAAAGCUGGAAUGAUAAUCAGAAAUGUGAUGGCUGGGGGCGACCUUGGAAUUGUGGAGAAGACAUCCUCAAUAGAUUUACAAACCAAAGCUGACCGACUGGCACAGAUGAGUAUAUGUUCUUCAUUGGCACGGAAAUUCCCCAAGCUAACAAUAAUAGGAGAAGAGGAUCUGCCUGUUGAAGAGGUAGAUCAAGAUCUGAUUGAAGAUGGUCAGUGGGAGGAAAUUCUGAAGAAACCUUGCCCAACACAAUAUAGUUCUAUCAAAGAGGAAGAUCUUGUUGUAUGGGUUGAUCCUGUGGACGGUACCAAGGAAUACACUGAAGGUCUUCUGGACAAUGUAACAGUUCUUAUUGGGAUUGCUUAUGAAGGAAAAGCAAUAGCAGGAGUUAUUAACCAACCUUACUACAACUAUCAGGAAGGAAAAGAUGCCGUGCUGGGGAGGACAAUCUGGGGAGUUUUAGGUUUGGGUGCUUUUGGGUUUCAGCUGAAUGAAGUGCCUGAUGGGAAACAUAUAAUUACCACAACCCGUUCUCAUUCCAACAAGUUGGUAAAUGAUUGCAUUUCUGCUAUGAAUCCUGAUGAAGUUCUCAGAGUGGGAGGAGCAGGAAAUAAGAUCAUUCAGCUGAUUGAAGGCAAGGCAUCUGCUUAUGUAUUUGCUAGUCCUGGCUGUAAGAAGUGGGAUACUUGUGCUCCAGAAGUUAUUUUACAUGCUGUAGGAGGCAAAUUGACUGAUAUUCAUGGAAAUGCCCUUCAAUACCAUAAGGAAGUAAAGCAUAUGAAUUCUGCUGGUGUCCUUGCCACAUUGAGGAAUUAUGAUUACUAUGCAGGCUGUGUUCCAGAGACUGUUAAAAAUGCACUUGUACCAUGAAAAUCAUAUUAUUUGCUUGCCAGUGAAAAAUUUGAUAUUCAACUUAAUAAAUUUUUAAAAUUAUGAAAAUAGAUUUAGUUUUGUUUUUUAUCAUUAUUGAUUAAUGAUACUUUUUGUACACUAAGAGCAGCAUAAAUAAUUAAUGAAUUCUCUUAAAUUUAUAGUUCCAGUUUUGAAAUGUAAAGCAUCAAUUUGAAGCUGGUAAUCCAGAUCCAUGAAACAGUCAAAUUAGAAUCCUAGUGCUCACCUUUGAUUUGAUACCUAGUGACUCAUGGCAGAGUUUUGACCAAUAUUUGAUUAUUGUUUUCCCUUUUAACAGUAGGGAUAAAAAUUAAAGGUUCAGUUUUGGGCACUGAUAAUAUUCUGUCAGAAUUUAAUUUACGACACAAAGCAUAGAUAUUACAGGAAUCUUAUUUUGUUGAAUGACCUUAUGUUUAAAAUUAUUGUGAUUUUAACCAUUAGUACUAUAAAUGUUAUAUUAUUUAUGUUGGUGAAAUAAAACCUUGAUAAUAAAA